AUGGGGGUAGACGACACCAACAAACCCUCCAUUGCCCGCUUCAGCGCUGCAGACCCCUCCACCACACCGGAAAAGCUCAUUGCCACCAUUAACCGCGACGGCGGGGUGAUUGUUGAGGGACUCAUUUCUCGUGAGCUCGCAGACCAGAUUAAAGGAGAUCUCAAACCGCACUUCGAAGCUGACACUCCCGACAAAUACGGGUUCUUUCCGGCAACUACCCAGCGCGCCACCGGCUUGUUGGGAAUUUCCGAUGCCUGUGUCGAAUUAGCCUGUAACCCGCUCUAUAUCGCCGUAGCCAAUGCUCUCGUCUCCUCGAGUCAUACCUUCUGGAGGGGUGACCAUCAAGAGACUGUAAGCGGAAAGCCUAUUAUUUCAUCCACGGUGGGGUUUCGAGUGAACCCGGGGGGUCGGCAGCAGGUGCUGCAUCGAGACGACAACGACUAUCACCCACACGAUAAAGAGCUGCCCGUGAUGAUGGGCUGCGUCACUGCGUUGACGAAGACGGUCAAGGAGAACGGCGCCACGAUUGCGAUCCUGGGCUCUCAUCUAUGGGGUCCAGAGCGCCAGCCACUGGAUGAGGAGGCUGUUCCUGCCGAGCUCGAGCCUGGCGACGCAUUCAUCUUCUUGGGAAAUGUAUAUCAUGCAGGUGGGGCAAAUACUACCAAAAAUGAAUGCCGCGAAACAGUGGGUAUAUUCCUCUGCAAACCCACGCUGCGUCCAGCCGAGAACCAGUUCUUGAUGGUCCCACUGGAGAGAGCAAAAAAGCUGAAGCCCCAGGCACAGAGGUUAUUAGGGUACGGACUUUGCGAGCCGGGAGUAGGCUUUAUGAACUAUCAGGAUCCGAUGAGGGUGCUUUUUGGGGUAGAGGACGAGGAAACCGUCAAUAUGUAA